UCUCAGUUCAUCGACAUCGUCCCCUCCUUACCGACUCUCCCAGUCGGUGAAAGGACUGCAGUUUUUCAAGAAAAACCUCUAAAUCGCUGGAUUAAUUAUCGGACAGUGACAAUGAAGACUCAUUUCUCCAGUUACCCGUACUGAUGUUUCUCUAAAUCCGGCCUGAAUUCACUGGAAGAGGCCUCGGUUUCUUCAUUUGAAUGCCUCUCAAGAUGGCAAAGCGUGAAAGCGGCAGUACGAGCCCGGUGGUGCGGCAGAUAGACAAGCAGUUUUUGAUGUGCAGCAUCUGUCUGGAGCACUACCACAACCCUAAAGUCCUGCCCUGCCUCCACACAUUCUGCGAAAGAUGUCUCCAGAACUACAUCCCUCCUCAGUCCUUGACCCUCUCUUGUCCGGUGUGCAGACAGACCUCAAUCCUUCCUGAAAAGGGAGUUGCUGCUUUGCAAAACAAUUUUUUCAUCACAAAUCUGAUGGAGGUAUUGCAGAGAGAGCAGGACUGCCCACGUCCCGAAGCUUCUAGUGGGCUGGAGUCAGCCGGUGCUGCUACAUACGCCCCGCCGCUCUCGUGCCCCAACCAUGAGGGAAAGGUCAUGGAGUUUUACUGCGAGUCCUGUGAAACAGCCAUGUGUUUGGAGUGCACCGAGGGGGAACACAGAGAACAUGUAACCGUUCCACUGCGGGACGUUCUGGAGCAGCACAAAGCAGCACUGAAGAACCAACUGGACGCAAUCCGCAACAGGCUUCCCCAGCUGACCGGGGCUAUAGAGCUGGUCAAUGAGAUCUCCCGGCAGCUUACAGACAGGAAGAACGAAGCAGUGACGGAGAUCAGCAAUACGUUCGAGGAACUGGAAAAAGCACUUCACCAGCGCAAAACCGCACUCAUCACUGACCUGGAGAACAUCUGCACCACUAAACAGAAGGUUUUACAGGACCAACUGUCUGCAUUACUUCAGGGUAAGGAAAACAUUCAGAGCAGUUGUAGCUUCACCGAACAGGCUCUGAACCACGGCAGUCCCACCGAAGUUCUCCUGGUGCAGAAGCAGAUGGGAGAGCGGAUGGCGGCUCUGUCCCGCCACGCCUUUCCCGAACAGCCGCACGAAAACGGACACCUGGACUGCCAGGUGGAGACAGAGGGGCUGCGUCGCUCCAUCCAGAACCUGGGUGUCCUGCUCACCACCAGUGCCGUGGGUCACACCAGCGUGGCUACUGGAGAAGGCCUGCGACACGCUGUUGUUGGUCAGAAUACCACCGUUACAGUGACCACUAAGGACAGAAAUGGCGAACUAGUCAAGACCGGCAAUGCAGCACCAAGGGCUCAGAUCACCGGGCCGGAUGGAACGGUCACUGCAACGGAGGUAACGGACAACAAGAAUGGCACCUACGAAAUCGGCUACACCCUUCGCUCGGAGGGCGAGUUUUCCUUCUCUGUGAUGCUGUACGGACAGCCCGUGAGGGGCAGCCCCUUUCGCCUGAGGGCUAUUAAACUCUGCGAUGCCCCACAGUCGCCUGAUGAUGUUAAGAGGCGCGUGAAGUCCCCCGGAGGAGGCGGUGGUGGCGGAGGGCACGUGAGGCAGAAGGCGGUCCGCAGACCCUCGAGUAUGUACAGUACCACGAAGAAAAAGGAGAACCCCAUAGAGGACGACCUCAUCUACAGAGUGGGAACGAGAGGACGUGAGAAGGGGGAAUUUUCCAACCUGCAGGGCAUCUCCACCACCAGCACUGGACGAAUCGUGGUAGCUGACAGCAACAACCAGUGCAUACAGGUGUUUUCCAAUGAUGGUCUGUUUAAGCUGAAGUUUGGUGUCAGAGGCCGCUCCCCUGGUCAGUUGCAGCGACCCACCGGUAUCGCUGUGGACAUGAAUGGUGACAUCAUCGUGGCCGACUAUGACAACAGAUGGUUGAGCAUCUUCUCUCCUGAUGGGAAGUUUAAGAAUAAAAUCGGGGCAGGCCGGCUGAUGGGUCCUAAAGGAGUCGCCGUAGACAAGAAUGGUCACAUCAUCACAGCAGACAACAAGGCUUGCUGUGUCUUCAUCUUCCAAUCCAACGGCAAGCUGGUGACCAAAUUUGGUGCCAAAGGAACAUCAGAGAGGCAAUUCACCGACAAAAGUGCUCCAAAUACACCGACUGAGCCAAAGCAGAGUAAAUCUGCUCCCGCCUUCAGUCCACAUUUUGUGGCUAUAAACAACAAGAAUGAAAUUGUUGUGACAGACUUCCACAAUCAUUCUGUUAAGGUUUACAAUGCUGAUGGGGAGUUUCUGUUUAAAUUCGGUUCUCAUGGAGAAGGAAACGGACAGUUCAAUGCACCCACAGGGGUUGCUGUAGAUGGCAAUGGGAAUAUUAUUGUUGCAGACUGGGGCAACAGUAGGAUACAGGUGUUUGACAGCGCUGGCUCUUUCCUGUCGUACAUCAACACGACGGCAGACCCUCUGUACGGCCCGCAGGCUCUCGCUCUCACUUCUGAUGGCCACGUAGCCGUGGCAGACUCUGGAAACCACUGUUUUAAAGUGUAUCGAUAUCUGCAGUAGGGUGUACAGUAAGAUUCAAUUCGUCUUUUGCAUUUCGUGUUUUCCUUUGCACAUAAGUCUGCACAUACAUUUCCAGAAGAGAAUUACAGCUAUUUGACUGAUUUAUCUUGACGUGCAUAAACGCAGGGCUUAAUGAAUGUUGCGUCCAUAUUUGCAUUGAUUUGCGUUAAUAUCCAAACCGAAUGUAUAUUGAAAACAAAUAAUAAAAAUCAAGGUGCAUCCGAUAGUGACUAAGGCAGCUAUCCAUAUAAGUACAAAAUACGUUGUGCUGUUUCUCCAAAAUGCCAAGCUGCGUGCUAAACCCCCAAUUCAGUUAAAUUAAGAUUAUAAUUGUUAAAAAAAUAAUGUAAGCUUUAAAAAAAAACAGUUUAUUAAUGCUUCAGCUUAAGAAUGACCCAUAGAGGGCACUGUUUCACAUCAAACUGGCCAUUUGUGCAUUUUCUAGUUGUACAUGUGUAUGCAUUUGUAUCAUAUGGUGUAAAUUUGAUCACAAUUGGCUUGCUGUAGUAUGAUUUUGGAAAUUCAGCCUCUCUUACUACGCUAAAGCUCGAUAUUUAAAGCAACACAGCUUAAUGUAAACUAGCUUUUAGUAAAGCUGCUUCAUUGUGCCUCUGCUUUUAAAAGCGCCUACAUAUGACUGACCACAACAGCACAAUUCACAUACUGCAUGAUAUUUUAUGCCUAUGUAAUGAGUUAAUUUAUUUUGUACAUUUAUUUUUCUAAGUUGAAAGUGUUUCGUUUAUUGCCUUCAGUGGUUAUGAUGGGGUGGACACAGCUAAUGAAGUUCAUGGGUUUUCAUGUCAUCGAAGGAAAUUUGGUGUUGUUAUAUCAAGAUGUGAAAAUAUAAAGGUUGGUUUCAGGAAUAACAAGAAGAAAAUGUCAGUAUAACAAAGCCAUCACUGCAUGUUAAGUUGCCAAAUUCAAGAUAAACCAGGGUACUAUCCAUAGUUGACCAUAUUACUGAAGCCUGUUACUACUGUUUUUUAAUGCGUAGUUUUGUUUUCUAUGAAUGUAGGAAAAUGAAAAAACUGUGAUAAGCCAUCAGAGUUUUGUAAUUUUGGCCAAGAUGUCCACACUCUUAGGAGACAAAAAUGAAAUGAAUUCGAAUCAGCGUUUAUAUUUUAUUUGGGGUCAAAACAUUUCUAUUCCGAUAAAACUUCUGUACUUAUUCUGAACAAAUGUGCACAAGCGAUGGAAAGCAGGUGUUGUUUAAGCCAUCAAUACAGUAUUCUGUAAUGAAACUACAGUGUAUAAAUCUGUUAUUUAAACUGCAAUAAUCCUAAAAUGUAUGUAUCAGAAUUGUAUCAUCUCUAAAACUGCCCUACAAGAGUAUGAAAAUUAUAAUAUGGGCAGUCGGAGAUGGUUGUUUCUUUUAAUGACAUAAUUUCUAGGAUUAUUGUGAUGAUAUAUAAAGUGAAUCUGCUGUAUUGCCAAUAUUACAACUUUUCCCGAUUAAAAUGCAAAUGGAAAUAUUCCAGAUUCUGAUGUAUCCAACUGUAACUCUCUUUAUAUGUCAGUAUGCACUAGAAAUAAAAGCACACGAUUUACCAACCCA